AUUUGGCCUGAAGACGGCAAAGCACCUUUUUGAAAGCUGCAGCUUCUUUCCCACCUUGAAGAAUCAUCCUAGAGAGCCCACAAAAUGUGUGAUGCAUUUGUAGGUACCUGGAAACUUGUCUCCAGUGAAAACUUUGAUGAUUACAUGAAAGAAGUGGGCGUGGGCUUUGCCACCCGGAAGGUGGCUGGCAUGGCCAAACCAAACAUGAUCAUCACUGUGAACGGAGAUGUAAUCACCAUCAAGUCAGAAAGCACCUUUAAAAAUACUGAGAUUUCCUUCAAACUGGGCCAGGAAUUUGAUGAGGUCACUGCAGAUGACAGGAAAGUGAAGAGCAUCAUAAACUUAGAUGGAGGAGCCCUAGUACAGGUGCAGAAGUGGGAUGGCAAAUCAACCACCAUAAAGAGAAAGCGAGUGGACGAUAAGCUGGUGGUGGAAUGUGUCAUGAAAGGCGUCACUUCUACCAGAGUUUAUGAGAGAGCGUAAGCCAAAGGACACUGAGCUGGACUGAAGUUUGCAUCGACCUCUAUGCCAUUCUGCUGGACAUACUGUUUCUAACAUGAAUCAUUGUUUUCCACUAAUUAGCAAGCCACUAAUUUUGUCACAAACUGAUUUUAUUCAAUGUGGUCGUGUUGGUUAAAUAAAAUGUUUUAGAGUUA